CAUGACUGAUCUAGGGUUGCUGCCAUAAUCAGACUGAAAUCGAGCAUAUGGUGGAAUUAACGGACGAUCGAUCGGUCGAUCGGAAACCCUAACCUUGAUGGCUUGAUGGUUCAAUCUUCAAUUACAGAACCCUAAUUCAUACUAUCCGGCGUUGUUCCGCUCCCAAUUGUUGUUCUUCGUUCUCUCCUUCCGUUCAAAGGUUCAAUAUGGCGAUCAAGAGGUUUACUAGAAUAUGGACGAAAUCUCGGGAAGAUGUGUUGUCUCUUCCCACUCGGGAUGAUCCGUUCAGCGACGAUUCCCGUCCCAUCGACAGCCAAGAACAAGAGGAGAUGGUUCGUUCGUUCGAAAGGGCAAACGCACAACAGAGUUUUUUUUGGCGGACUGUGUUUGUAGCAUUUCUCUUUUGCUUCGCGGCUUUUCUUCUUUACUCCAUCGUCGAGCAGGUUUCAUCCCCAUGGGAACUGCGUUAUCAUGCUUACUUCAUGGAGGAGGUCGACUCAAGGAUGAUUAUAGCUGCAGAUUGGGUUGCUAUUUUAGCGUGUUCAUUUUCGAUCAUUGGGAUUAUUAGUAAGUCAAAUUACCACCGGCGAUGGCUGUGGUGCUCAUUCUUAAUUGGCAUCCCACUCUCUGUUUUCUGGUUACAUUUUAUGAUGAGUUUGCCUAAGUUUCGAUGGGAUGUUAUCUGGCUUCCUUUUGGUCCUCUCUGUGGGGCAGGAAUAUGUUUGUAUGUAGAUCAUUUGCUAGCUGAAUCAUCAGAGGAGAUAAGAAAACUUAGAGGCUACAUGUAUUCUUAUAAAGCUAACUGAAAACUGGCCUGACCUCAGUUUAAACGUUACAGUCCUGUGUAUUAUGUGGUGGCAGGGAUUUUUUUGUUUUUCAUAUCUACUUGUAAGUUAGAACUUAGAACUACGUCAACUAUCUUUUCUUUAGUUUUUCACUUUUUA